UUGUGAUGAGAGCUGAGUCGGUAUUUUGUCUGACAAGUUGAGUCUGGUAUCAUUAUAUUCAAACCAAAACGAACGAGACCAUCUGUAUAAACAUAAUAGUUAGUUUGACAGCAAUUAGAAUAAGCUUGUUACGUUGGGGAAGUCACAGCGUCGUUAAUGGUUAAGCUAAUUUUUAAUCCAAGAAUGUCAGUAUUUCCAACUGGUGUAGUUACCGUCGCUAUCGCGCUAAGCGGUCUUUUGUUGCAUAACCGGGCAGAGGGCUUUCUCAAACCUGGUGACCCUAAUCCGCCGUUUGAAUACGCCUUUGAAUGUAUGGGUUCUUCCACUCCGGCAGAAGCAGCGUUUAAUAGGAUUAAGAACCGAAAUGAUGCACACUGCACCGACGCGGACAUCGCCCGAAUCAACACUGGCGAUCCAUUGAGCGUUAAGCACCACUUUCACUACAAGUGUAGCACGAGGUAUACAGUCAGCGGACCGAGCAGUCUGAGCUGCGUACCUGAUAGGGAUUGCGUUGGCUGCAUGGCCCCAUACAGUGAAGCGAUGUGCCAGUACGAUUCGUUCUCUUUGAGUCGCUUAUGGGCGAAUUGUACCACGCUUCGUGAUGAAAUUACCAGGAUGGAGACGAUCGAGACCGUAGAUGAUGCUGAUCCAGAAUUCGGUGAAGAUCUGACGACGAUCCCGAUUCCAGUUACGACACUGCCCCCUGAUUACAUCCCGCAACCCGAUUACGACCACAAUCCUAAACCGCACAUCUCAGGUAAGCCAUACUGUGACGACGGUAAACCGAGCAUGGUCAUCCAUCCCUGCUUCGUGCCGCCACUCAUGGUGGUUGUCGACAAGAAGGAUUGCCUCCAAAAGGUCACCUGUGGAACCCGUCCGGAAGAGAAUGAGCCGUUUAAGGUAAAUUUAAGGGCCCCUCCAGUUCGGGUUAAUGUCGGUUCCUGGUCUGGGGAAUACUACGACGCCUGGAGCGUCCUGCCUGCACAUCCGAAGUAUGUCUUGAACAAAGCGAUCAAUAAGCUGACAAACUGCACCAGUGUCACCGGUUUUGACAAUGAUCAGUGCGGACGGUGUAAAGCCGAAAAGGAAGUAGCCAGACUGUACCGUGACGGAUACACGGUGGUGUUAGCGUGGUGAAAGAUUCAACAGCAGCUCGCAAUGUAACUGAAUCUGCCAGUUCCUUGAAAAUUGCUUUUUAUACGCUAAAACAGUUAUCAUGGCUCUAUGCAGCACGCUUUUUGU